AUGACAGUUCAGGUUCCGCUAGGUGGCGCGCUGCCUCGAGGCAGCAUGCGAGGCUCAUCAGCGCGGAGGGGGAAGGCUGGCGAGCGGGUGUCCUGGGAGUAUCAGCACGUGACGUUGACACGGGUGCCGGGCUACGGCUUUGGCAUCGCCGUCAGCGGUGGCCGGGACAACCCUCACUUCUCCAAUGGGGACCCUGCCAUCGCCAUCUCGGACGUCCUCAAGGCGGGGCCUGCGGAAGGAAAGCUAAUGGUUAAUGAUCGCAUCAUUAGUGCAAAUGGAAUUUCUCUGGAGAAUGUAGAAUACGCUACUGCUGUACAAGUCCUGCGUGAUAGUGGAAACACAGUAUUACUUGUAGUGCGGCGACGUAUUGUACAUCCAGCAUAUCCUGAACCUCAAACAAUAAAACUGUGCCUUACGAAGAGUAAGAAGAAAGAUGAUUUUGGUUUGGUGUUGGGCUGCAAAAUCUACGUUAGAGAACUUUCUGGCAAAAGUAUUGUUGAUAAUCGUGAAGGUGGAAGUCUUCAGGAAGGAGAUGUUCUUCUGAAGAUUAACAACCACACUACUGAUGGAAUGACCCUUAAAGAAGCUCGAAAACUCAUAGAGUCGAGUAAAGAGAAGUUAAAUCUUGUUAUUAGGCGUGAGCAAAAGCCAGGAAAUGUGAACUGUGAAUCAACAUCCCAUCCCAAAGAGUCACCAGGAACAUAUCUGGAGAGCUUGAGUGGACCGAAUUAUUCAUCCCAAAACUUGUAUGUUCAGCCACCCACCAGGCAUCCUCCGCAACCAAACCUUGCUGAGGAUAAAAGCAACUUGCUUCCUAGAGGACGGUCUCGUGGACCGCUCCUGGAUGUAUCAUUGAGCCAGUUGGAUAGGCUUGCUACACCUGUGGGUUCUGGUUCUGGCCAUUAUCAUGCUCACCAUCGCAGCCGCAGUGGGGUAGAAGAUGGAGCGAGUCCUCCUGACCCCCUAGGACCUCCUCGACCUCCACCACCUAGGCCAGAAGUAUGGCUUCAGACAACUGUCUCUUUGAUUGCAGAUUACUACAGUAGUAGAAGACAAUUAUAUGAAGAUGAUCCUCUUCUGCAACGUUCAAAACAACCAAUGCCUGACCCACGUUUCAUCACUUUUCAAAAGGAAGGAUCAGUUGGUAUCAGAUUAACCGGAGGAAAUGAAGUUGGAAUUUUUGUAACAGCAGUGCAACCUGGUAGCCCUGCAUCUCUGCAAGGUUUGCAACCUGGUGACAAAAUUCUCAAGGUGAAUGACAUGGAUAUGAAAGGGGUAACACGUGAGGAAGCAGUGCUAUUUCUGCUGAGUUUGCAGGACCAGAUAGACCUGAUUGUGCAGUAUCGCAAAGAGGAAUAUGAACAAAUAGUUGCAAGCCAGCGAGGGGACUCAUUUCAUAUAAAAGCUCAUUUCAAUUAUGAUCAACCUAAUAAGGGGGAAAUGAGUUUCCGUAAAGGAGAUGUAUUCCAUGUUGUGGAUACAUUACAUAAUGGUGUAGUUGGUUCCUGGCAGGUAUUUAGGAUAGGUCGAAAUAAUCAAGAAGUCCAAAAGGGAAUUAUUCCCAACAAGUCACGUGCAGAAGAAUUGGCAACUGCUCAAUUUAAUGCUACUAAGAAAGAAUUAACUGCAUCUGAAAGUCGAGGCAGCUUCUUUCGGCGUAGGAGAGGAAGUCAUCGCCGGUCAAAGUCUCUCGGCAGAGUAUGUGGACAGGAUCACUGGGAUGAUGUGGUAUUUGCAGAUAGCAUUAGUAAAUUUCCAGCAUAUGAAAGAGUUGUCUUAAGACAUCCAGGUUUUGUGAGACCAGUUGUGCUGUUUGGUCCCGUUGCGGACAUUGCUCGGGAAAAAAUGUUAAAAGAUUUUCCUGACAAAUUUACGUCUCCUCAACUAGAUAAUAACUUAGAAGACAUUCCAAAGAGUCAAAAAUCUUCUGGAAUAAUCCGUCUCAGUGCCAUUCGAGAAAUUAUGGACAGAGGGAAGCAUGCACUUCUUGACAUUACACCAAAUGCUGUUGAUAGGCUCAAUUAUGCUCAGUUUUAUCCCAUUGUGAUUUUCUUGAGAGCUGAAUCAAAACAUAUUAUUAAAGAACUGCGUGCUGGUUUGUCCAAAGCAGCUCAUAAAAGUAGCAAGAAAUUGUUUGAACAGUGUCAAAAACUAGAAAAGGUGUGGGGCCACACAUUCAGUUGUAGCAUAACUCUUACAAGCCCUGAGCUUUGGUACCGAAAGGUUAGAGAAUUAAUUGACAAACAGCAAACAGCUCCAGUAUGGAUGAGUGAAAGUAAGCCUGAUGAAGCCCUGUCAGAUGAUUUUCUUUUCCCAAUGACAUCUCGACUUUCUUACGCUUCAUCCCCUGAGUCUGACCUGGACUUGUCACCAGAACCUCGUUGUACUGGAGGUACAACUGCCCCAACAACUUCAUCUCGUCUGGUGAAAAGCUCAUCUGAUCCAAGCAUUGCAACGCAAGAGGAUGCUGCACCUGGUUACUCCGCUCCACCUCCUUACACACCUAGUGGCACUUACAAUAAGCAGAACUAUGAAUGUCACAAUGGUGCCCCACCUCCUGAUCAUCACCAUGGGCACAACCUCGCCAUGUCCCAAGGGAAGCGCCGUUCUCAAUGUGGUGACAGCAAGUAUGGGUUUUCCCCUCCUCAUUUACUCAACUCCGAUGAGCCUCCUAUCAGUUCUUCCACCAUGCAUCUUAACUACCCUCCCCACCACCAUCACUACCACCACCACCAAAACUCGAGUCCCGCUGGGUACCCUGCUUCCAAAAUGCUCAAUGGAGGCGCAGGGGCUUUGCCUCGGUCUCCCCUCAUGCACUCGCCUCCCCUGCAGAAGCCACCUGAGCUGCCACCACGCAUUGACCGCACCAACAAACCGUCCCACAGCGCCCUCAGCCGGCUAGCUGCUGACAGGCUCUUUGUAAAGGGGGAGGGCAUGCUGGGGGAUGCAGACAUGGCGUCUGGUGGAAGGGAAGCCAGCGACCCCCCGAAUUACAUAAAUGCUACCCCUCAUCAUCGGAGAGGGGGCAGUUCCUCCUUGGAAAGACACAACGUCAAAACUAGUAGUUAUGACAGUGUGUCAUCGUAUGAGUCUUAUAAUAAUCGCCUUGGGCCAAAUGCCCAUGAUGAUUUAAAAUGUGGAAGCAAUGGUGUUCCACUCUCUCCUCGCAACCAUGACCCCUACAGAUUUACUAGGUCUACUGCUCAACCCAUCAGCAAUAUGGAGCCAAAACCCAACAAACACCCUGAUUAUGGUAAAUACAGGUCUGGUGACUAUAAGCCUCUACCACCACCCAAAACUGGCAGUUACAAACCAGUACCACCACCAAAGCCAAAAAAUUAUCGUCCACCUCCUCCAGAGAAUCAAAACCAAUGGAGUCGUGGCAGUGGAGAUGGUAACUAUGAUAUACAACAUUCUCCUCAACGAACUCUAGACAGUGGCAUGUCCUCCUCUCCUAUUGGAACAUUGCGAAAUGAAGAAGGAUCUGUUCCUCCUAAUGCAUCUGGAACACAAGGCUUGAAAACAAACAGCAAUAAUGUGUACCAACAUUCCAAACCAUAUUCAGUAUCAGGAGGUCUAGAUGGGGGUGGAUUUUCAUCUCCACAUCAAAAUGGAGGAGAAGACAUCAGUGCUGGUUUUGAUUCAGGACAUGGAAGUAGUCUAGAUCGUAACUACAACAAUCCGAUGCAUGUAGGAAGCAGUAGUCAGUAUUAUCAUAAUAUUUCACCUGCAAGAGGAGGCUUGAGAGAUGGUUUUCAUAACCAUAACCACCAUGGUCAUCACAACCAUGAACCAAGUGGAUUAGACCUGACGAACAGAGAACAAAGAGGGUCUGCAUUUGAGCUAUAUAAAAAGCCAACUGAUAUGCGUGGUAAUACUAUGCAGCAGUAUCUGGAGAAUAAUCUCAGAUGAGAAACACAGGAACAUUUACGUGUGAAUUUCGAACAAAAGCUGUGAAAAGUUUGUCAUUGAAGACUGAAAAUGGUUUUGUAAACCUCACCAAAAAGCAUUGUAUUCUGUCUCCAAUACUACUUUUCACUUGAGAGUUCAUAGAAACAACUGACACUGACUUCACUGUUCUUCAAAGUUAUACGUCCCUACUAAGUCGUUUUCAAAUAUUUACAUGAGCAUUUUAUUGUUAAAAUUAUUGCAUUUGAAGAUAGAUUUUUAUUUAAAAGUAUUAUUAUUAUUAUUAUAUUAAUUAUAGAAGCAAUAUAUAAGAGAGGGGGAAAAUUGUAAAAUCCUGAAAUUCUGUACCAUUGUAGUUGGUCAAGAGUAUCACUGAUUUACUAUAUUUCUAGAAAUUUAGAUUUAAAAAAUUUGCAGUGUUUUUGUCUGCAUUGAAAUUUAGAUUUCUGUUUUUGGUUUUUUGUAGUUUUCCAGGCUGUUAUUAACUUAUUAUGUACUGUGCUUCAGUCUUUGUAUGUAGGAUGCCGUCUCCAUUAUUAUAAAACUACACAUUUGAAUUCACUUGGAUCUCUAGGUAUUUAUUAUGGAAAGUAAGAUAAAUGGAUAGAAAUCAAGGCUUGAAUUCACCCAAAGUAUUCAAGAAUUUAAAUAAUUAAUUUUUAAUGUAAAAAAAUGACUAUUCUACAGUACAAAUGACUUAUACAAUAUUAAUCAUGGAAAUUAUUAUAAAUAUUAGUUUAUACCUCUCUUAUGAGGAAAUUAUCAUACAGAAGAAAAUGCUAUUACAUAAUGUUCAAGUAUCCUUUUUUUUAUUCUUUUCAUCAAUCCUUUUUUUAAAUUUUCAUUUUCUCUUUUAUUAAAUUUUCAAAUCAGCUUAAGUUUUUUGGUUGGUUUUUAAAUGGAAAUAAAAUAAUUUUUUCCAGUUAUCUACAUACUUGUUAAGCAUUUCUUCAGUUUUCAGGCAAUUAAUGUGUGCACAAGAUAUUCAUCAUAAAAGUAGCUUAUUUAUACCAUUAAGAGAAAGCUAAUGUAAUGAUAAUGAGCAAGUGUCAGUCGUAUCACUUCUCCUGGCAGUGCUAACAUUUCAGAUUUAAACCACAAAGCAAUAAAAAUAUUUAGAUUUUAAUUACUCAAUAGGUGUUGAUGCAUAAAAAAAUGCAUUAAAACUCACGAACGUUAAAAAUAUCCCCGACUAUCUUUACUCAAAUGUGAAUUUAUUUUUGUCAAUUUGGAAAUGGAGGAGACAAGAUUAAUUGUGAUGAAGUUUAUAAAAUGGUAGGUUAUUUAGAAAAUAAGUUUUGUUGAUAUUGUUUUACAACAGUUUUUUUAUAUUUUACCAUCAUAGUCAAUUAUCUACAUUCAUAGUUACUUAUUGACUAGUUCUGGACUAUAUGUUAGUAGCAAUUGUAAACCUUUUCUCCCUCUCAAGUGAAAAUGAGGAGACAGAUUAAUUAGGAUAAUGGACAAGCUGCCAUAUGUUCGUCACACAUCCUGUGCCAUUAUUGUAUUAUUUUGUGAAAAUUAAUGUAUCUUGUAUAUAUUGUACGAAGGGGAAUGUUAAUGAAUUGAAUGUUUUAAAUAAAUUAUUGUAGCUUGUAAGAUAAUUUAUCAUGUAUGUACCACUUUCAUUUGGUGUUUAGCUCCCUUUGAAAAUUAUUUGACUUAUUUUCUAUUUAAUUGUGGUAAGUUAAAUUUAAUCUGCACAUUUCUCAUAAUUAUUAUGUCAAACAUGGUAAUAAAAGUAAAUUUUGUCAUGUGUGUCAUUGUAACUGAGACUGUGUGAAAAAUGAUUUUUUUUUCUUUCUUUUUUUUUCUUUCAUUACAAUUACUUGUGUAAAACAAAAAUAUUGCUGACUUUCCUUUUUUCCAAAUGAGUUCACAAUUUUAUUUACAUGGUCCAAAAAAUAAAAUUCCUAAGAUCAAUUCUUCACUAUUGCUGCCCUCAAAAUUCUUUACCCAUUAUGUUAAUUAACUCUUCAUGAAAGAAAAUAAUGUGAGAACAAGAUUCUGUAACUUGGCGAUUAGUAUCUUGCUCUUCAAUCAAUAGUAAUUACCAACUAUAACAAUGUUCAUGUAUAUUUAUACAUUAUUUUCCAAGAACAGAAAUAAAUCUUCAAAGUUAGUGUUACUUAAGGCUAUAGAGAUCAACAGCAAAAAAUGAUAUUUUUUUCUAUUGUAGCAUUUUCUUAAAAAUCAACUUCCUUUAUUGGAUUAAAAUGAUUUUUGGAAUAUAAGAAAGAUAUAUUGGAUCACAUAAUUAGCUUUAUAUAUACAUAUAAAGUUAAUUAUCUCAGUCUCUCCCCAAUAUUAUUUUAUGACACAACCCCCUCCCAAUAAAUCUUGAUUUGUGAAUUGACCAAAGUGAGCUCAUAUUUCCAAAUUUAGAACUGGCUAGAUUUUUUUCCCCUUUCAAAACUUGAUGUAAGGAUUCUAGUAUUUUAAUAAUUGUGUGCAUUAUAUAAUGUGAUACAUUAUGUAGUAUUUCUAUGUGUGAAUUCACAACAAAGAUAUAAAUCUUAUAAGGUUUGAAUUCAAGAAGCAUUUGCUUUAUAACAUGGAAUAAAAGAAUAUUUCAUUAACUUGCAUGAUAUAUUAUUGUUUAAGCUACUAAGCCAGUGGAUAAAAAUGCGGAACAAUUUCAAGAAAGUGAUAGCAAGUAUACAAUAAAGUGAGUGCUUUGCUGUCACUUGCGUUUAUAAGAGCAGCAUUGUGUGUUAACCUUGAAGACUUAUUAUUGUAGUGGUGCCAGUAAUUCUUUUUAGAAAAUACAAAACAUCAUAAGAUAGAUUUUUGGAGUCAGUAAGUCAGCUGUGAAUUUAUUCAUACCAAAGAAUAUUUCAUUAAAGUAAUACUGAAACUUAUCUGAUUUGAGAGUAAACGGUGUUCAUUUUAACAUAAUAUGAGGAUAUUAUUGAAACAACUUUAUUAUGUUGACAGUAAAGGUAUAUUUGUGAUUGGUCAAGUCUUUGCAAGGUUGUUUUGAGUGCCUUAAAAGUCUUUAGACUAUUCAUUUUGUGACAAGAAAGGAAGACUUGAGAAAUUAAUAACCAUAUAUUUUUGUCAUUGAUAAGUCACAUGCAUUUAAUAUUGUAGUUGCAGAAUCUCCUUCAACAUUCCUUGUGAUCUGGUAAAUAACUAUCAGAAGCAGAUCUUUGAUGAAUACAUGAAUUAUCAAAAUUUUUGAAACUCAAUCUGAAUUAUAUAAAUUUUCUUUAUCUUGUAAGAAGACUGUUGUCAAAUGUGCUAUUUUAAACAUCUGUUGAAAUGUAUUCAUGAAUGUACCUGAGUUGCCUUGAGAGAUUUCAUGUUAAUGUCUGCUGUGUAUAAACUACAGUUUUGCGAGCAUAGAUUUGUUGACUGUGAGAUAGAACUGUUUACUUGCUUCACAGUUUUCUGUGACUUUGAAAGUACUGCUCUAGUUACUGGACCCCAGUAUUUGUGAAUAGCUGGUUAUGUAAUCUAGUGUUUGUAAAGGAAAUAUAAUGAAAGUUGGUCUUUGGCUCUUAUUGUCUAAUGGGUUGUUAUUAUUAUGUGACAUUAUAAUGUAUAAAAUAUUGAAGUAACUUCAAU